CUCUCUCUGCAUCUCUCUCUAGCUCUCCUCUUCUACACUGUAAAAGAAAAACCAAUUUGCUCUCAGAAAUGGAGUCUCAGAUCUAAAAUCCAAAUCACACAAACCUAAACACAGUCCCUGAGCUCCCACUGCUUCUCUUUCUUCUCAUUCUUCGCUCGCUUGGUUUGGAUUUCGAAUCGGUUUUGAGAUUUGGGAAAUGCUGAGAAUGGCGAGCUCGUUCCCGGAGGAGGUGCUGGAACACGUGUUCUCGUUCCUGCAGUCGGACGGCGACCGGAACUCGAUCUCGCUGGUGUGCAAGUCGUGGUACGAGAUCGAGCGGUGGUGCAGGAGGAGGAUAUUCGUCGGGAACUGCUACGCUGUCAGCCCUAGGAUUAUGAUCAGACGGUUCCCAGACGUUAGAUCCAUCACGCUCAAAGGGAAGCCUCACUUCGCCGACUUCAAUCUGGUCCCGGAGGGCUGGGGUGGCUAUGUGUACCCCUGGAUCGCCGCCAUGGCCAGUGCCUAUCCGUGGCUGGAAGAGAUCAGGCUCAAGAGGAUGGUCGUCACCGACGAGAGCUUGGAGCUGAUUGCCAAGUCUUUCAAGAAUUUCAAGCUGCUUGUGCUUUCGUCCUGUGAGGGGUUCAGCACUGAUGGCCUGGCCUCCAUUGCCGCUAAUUGCAGGAAUUUGCGGGAGUUGGACUUGCAUGACAGUGAUGUGGAGGACCUAAGUGGGCAUUGGCUGAGCCAUUUUCCUGAUACCUACACGUCACUUGUCUCUCUUAACAUUGCAUGCUUGGGUUCUGAGGUUAGUUUCUCUGCCCUGGAGCGCCUGGUGGGUAGGUGUCCCAACCUGAGGAGUCUCAGGCUCAACCGUGCAGUGCCCCUUGACAAGCUAUCCAAUCUACUUAACCGUGCGCCUCAGCUGGAUGAGUUGGGGACAGGGGCCUCCUCAGCUGAGUUGCGGCCUGAUGUCUUGUCAAACUUAUCAGGUGCCCUCUCGGCCUGCAAGGAACUCAAGAGCCUGUCUUGGUUUUGGGAUGUGGUUCCAACUUAUCUUUCAGCUGUGUAUUCUAUAUGCCCUGGCUUAACUUCGCUGAAUUUGAGCUACGCCAUUAUCCAAAGUCCUGACCUUAUUAAGCUUGUUAGCCAAUGCCCAAAUUUGCAGCGCCUUUGGGUAUUGGAUUACAUUGAAGAUGUCGGCCUUGAUGCCUUGGCGGCGUCUUGCAAGGAUCUGCGAGAGUUGAGGGUGUUUCCAUCUGAUCCAUAUGUGUUGGAAGCAAAUGUGUCCUUGACAGAACAAGGCCUCAUUUCUGUUUCCGAGGGUUGUCCAAAGCUACAGUCAGUUCUGUACUUCUGCCGCCAAAUGUCUAAUGACGCCUUGAUCACCAUUGCCAGGAAUCAACCCAACUUUACUUGUUUUCGCCUUUGUAUAAUCGAGCCCCGAACUCCUGAUUAUCUUACUCGUGAGCCACUUGAUGUGGGUUUCGGGGCCAUUGUUGAGCGUUGCAAAGAUCUCCGGCGCCUGUCUGUUUCUGGUCUGUUAACUGAUCGUGCAUUUGAGUACAUUGGAACUUAUGGCAAAAAGUUGGAGAUGCUUUCAGUAGCCUUUGCUGGAGAGAGUGACUUGGGACUUCAUCAUGUGCUGUCGGGUUGUGAUAAUCUUCGGAAACUUGAGAUUAGGGACUGUCCUUUUGGUGAUAAGGCGCUUUUGGCCAAUGCUGCAAAGCUGGAGACAAUGCGAUCCCUUUGGAUGUCUUCUUGCUCAGUGAGUUAUGGAGCAUGUAAGCUGCUAGGUCAGAAGUUGCCCCGGCUUAAUGUUGAAGUUAUUGACGAGAGGGGACACCCAGAAUUGAGGCCAGAGAGCUGUCCUGUUGAGAAGCUCUAUAUAUACAGGUCUGUUGCUGGUCCAAGGUUUGACAUGCCUGGCUUUAUUUGGACCAUGGAUGAACACUCUGCAGUGAGGCUCACUUGACCACUUGAUGGAACACACCCUUGGAUUACAUUACCAGGAUUCAAGAUUUGGCAUUGAAGCUUACCUUUCGUGACAGCUUAAUAUGGCUGGUAAAUGCAUAUUGGAUGGGUUUGGUAUAGCAGCAUAGCAGGUAAAUGCUUCAUAUGGCAUUCAUGGUUUCACAUUUAAAUAUCAUUAUCGUUAUUGUAGCUACGGAAGGAGAGGUAUACAGAGGCUCGAGAGCUCGAUUGCCAUUCAUUUUUCCAUUGGCUGAGCUUUUGGCAUACCGGCUUUGCUUUAGUGAUUACUAUUAAUAAAAAAGAGAGAAAGUUUAGAGUUUAGACUCCUGUUGUUGUAAUGUAUUAACAGAGCGAUUAUUUUCGGCACGGCGAGGUAUGCAGAGGACCUUUUGCUGCAUGUUUAUGUAUUUUUAUGUGGCCCUGUUUUUCAACAGGAAGUUGUAAUUUGGAACCCAUUUGUAUCAUUAUUAGCGUCUCAUCAAAUAAAGCUUUUCAUUUUCUACUCCA